CAAGUGUAGGCGAAACCUUACACGAAGAAUCAAUACGAUUAUAUGACUACAUCAGAUGCUAAUCUAAAAAAACACUUGCAUCUCUUUUACUUGACUUGAAUUGUUUUAAAUUCUUUAACUCUUUCUUUUACGUCAGCUAGAAAGUCAAAUACUUCUAAAUGAAUUUCGCUGAAAACCCCUUUGAUACCUUAGAAAAUGCAAAUUUUUGUAACUGGUGUGAGCGUUUUAGGCUUUUAAAUAUAUUAAUUUCUUCAUUUAAAAAAAUCUACGCGAUAUUCAAAUCGUCUCUUUGGAUACCAUUGCGGGAGACGAAUCGAGAAGAUUCCUUCAGCUUUCCAAGAUCUUUUUCAGGUUUGCAGAUGGGUCGCAGGGGAGCUGGAGCCUAUCCCGGCAAGCAGCGGGAGCAAGGCAGAAUACACCUCUGGACCUGGACUGGUUCAGCAGUCCGCCGCAGGGCAACAUGGAUUUUAGCUUAAAAAAAAAAAAACUAACCGAGUCUGAAUCAAUGCAAUGAAACACAUGUUUCUUAAAACGUUGUUUCUUGGACUCAUUUUUACUAUGCUUACGUUGAUGUUGUUAAUUAUAAACCGAAGUCUGGCCUCAAACACCACCUAUUCCAGCAACAAGGCUUUAAACCAGGGAAUCAACUGGCUGUAUUUUUACGAAAGCGAACCAGUCAGAAGGCCCUGUUUACCCUUUCUGCUGCCUAAGAUUUCUAUGUGUAAACACAAAGUUCCCUUUCUGGUCAUUUUCGUUGCGUCCACACCAGGCAGAGUAGAGCACAGAAUGGCCAUCAGAGCUUCCUGGGGCAGUAAGAGGUAUUUGCAGGGGAAAUAUAUUCUAACGUUAUUUUUACUGGGUAGAGAAAAGGAGACAGCGGUUAAGCCACGGUUAUCACUGGAAGAGGAGCAUUUUCUUUUCAGGGAUUUGAUCAUGCAAGACUUUCUGGACACAUACGAAAACCUUACAUUGAAAACCAGGAUGGCCUUCCACUGGAUGUAUGAAUUCUGUCCCCGCGCUCAGUAUAUUAUGAAAACAGACACAGAUGUUUUUAUUAACGUCAUCAACCUGGUUCAGUUUCUUCUGAAGACCAGGUAUAGUUCAGGGGGAUUGUAUACAGGCUUUCCUUUUGUUCACAGCUACCCCUACAGAAGCAGAAGCAGUAAAAACUUUAUUUCCCACGAGGAAUACCCCUUCGACCAGUACCCUCCGUACUGCAGCGGAUUUGGAUACGUGAUUUCAGGUAAACUGGCUCUAAGAAUUUACGAGAUGAUGUGGCACGUGAAACCUUUCAGAAUUGAAGAUGUUUACGUGGGUGUUUGCGUACAGUUAGUGGGAGGUGUGCUCUACAUUCCACAAGAUGAUCUUUUCUUACUUUAUAAAAAGAGACGUGACAGCAGGAUUCUAGGUGUCAUAGCAGUGCAUGGCGUGGCGCCUGAAGACAUGGUCUCCUACUGGAAAAUGCUUCAAGAAGCCUCUCAGUGACAUACUGUAUAUGAAAUUCAUGUGAAAGCUCAUGAGGGAUGACUGCAGCCAAGGCAACUGGCCUCAUUCACAAUCAUUCCUGACAUCAUGUCCUCACAUUAGAGAAACUCUGAAUACUACCUGUAAGCCUCUUGUCUCCUUCGCAUUUGUCCUUUGCAUCCCUCCUCCACCCCACUUCCUCCUUUGCAGCCUGUCCCUUGGUCACUCUUCACUCUGCAGGAGAGUCCCAGCCUCCUCGUCCUUCGGUCAGGAGGUUGGCCAUCAGCCACGUGGGGUUACACAUUACAUAUGAAUACACUUCAUUCUUGGGUAUUCUUUUCCUAGUGAAAUGGUCAAAUGGCUUUUUUUUUCUUUGGAACAAGUGAUAGGUUUAUUCCAUGCUGAAAAAAAGAAGAAAGAAAACGCAAUG